GAGGGGGCGGUGCAGCCGCCUUUCCUGGGAGGAGAAGCGCGGGUUCCCGGCUCUCCACUCGCACUGCUUUAAUCAGACCAGUGCAGCCUCGAGCUGGAGUGGCCAGCUGGGCCUGGAGCAAUGCGAGCGGGCCCCAGAGAACGACGGCGGUGGCGGCGCAGCGGCCGAGUGAAGGAGCCCGGGCCGGGAAGUGUGGAUGCGUCUCUCCCGAGGCCGGGCCGCCUCGCCCGCUCUAGUCCAGCGGAGCCCGAGCGCCUCGGACCAAUCCCCAGUGAUUAUGCAAGACAGCGGACCAAUCAGCUCCGCGAGCUCAUGAAUAUUUAUGACCUUGGCUGAGUCAAAGCUUUGAACCGAGUUUGGGGAGCUCAGCAGCAUCAUGCUUAGACUUUUCAAAGAGACAAACUCCAUUUUCUUAUGAAUGGAAAGUGAAAACCCCUGUUCCGCUUAAAUUGGGUUCCUUCCUGUCCUGAGAAACAUAGAGACCCCCAAAAGGGAAGCAGAGGAGAGAAAGUCCCACACCCAGACCCCGCGAGAAGAGAUGACCAUGACCACCAUGCCAGAAAGUCUCAACAGCCCCGUGUCGGGCAAGGCGGUGUUUAUGGAGUUUGGGCCGCCCAACCAGCAAAUGUCUCCUUCUCCCAUGUCCCACGGGCACUACUCCAUGCACUGUUUACACUCGGCGGGCCAUUCGCAGCCCGACGGCGCCUACAGCUCAGCCUCGUCCUUCUCCCGACCGCUGGGCUACCCCUACGUCAACUCGGUCAGCAGCCACGCAUCCAGCCCCUACAUCAGUUCGGUGCAGUCCUACCCCGGCAGCGCCAGCCUCGCCCAGAGCCGCCUGGAGGACCCAGGGGCGGACUCGGAGAAGAGCACGGUGGUGGAAGGCGGUGAAGUGCGCUUUAAUGGCAAGGGGAAAAAGAUCCGCAAACCCAGGACGAUUUAUUCCAGUUUGCAGUUGCAGGCUUUGAACCGGAGGUUCCAGCAAACUCAGUACCUAGCUCUGCCGGAGAGGGCGGAGCUCGCUGCCUCUUUGGGACUCACACAGACUCAGGUCAAGAUCUGGUUCCAAAACAAGCGCUCCAAGUUCAAGAAGCUGAUGAAGCAGGGUGGAGCGGCUCUGGAGGGUAGUGCAUUGGCCAACGGCCGGGCCCUGUCUGCUGGCUCCCCACCCGUGCCGCCCGGCUGGAACCCUAACUCGUCAUCCGGGAAGGGCUCAGGCGGAAACUCGGGCUCCUAUAUCCCCAGCUACACAUCGUGGUACCCUUCAGCUCACCAAGAAGCUAUGCAGCAACCCCAACUUAUGUGAGGUUGCCCGCCCGCCUUCUUCUUGUCUCCCCCAGCCCAGGUCCCUCCCGCCUCCAGGUCCAUCCACCCCGUCCGGAAAAGAAGGACCCAGAGGGGAAAAAGAAGGAACAGUGGAGGCAGGAUACCUUCCAUCUCCUCGGAGCCCCGCGAGGUCCGGCCCAGCAACUUCCCGGCGCCCGCGCUCUAGCCUGAACCCUGGCCUGGGCCAAGCAGUAGCAGCAGAGAGUGGCCUCGGAGGGAAGGCGCUGCCACCUGAGACAAGCCCAAGAGCAAGACAAACCCGCUCCACCCGACCUGCCGACCUUCAGCUUUGUGGGACUAUCAGGAAAACAAAAACAAAACAAACACAAAAUGUAGAAAAAGCAAAAGCUCUGUUUUGUCCUGUCAGUCUCCUGUCUCCUUUUGCUGUCUGUGCGCUGAUAAAAUUAAGGUCCUCAUCCGUCCGCUGUCCUCAUUCGGCGGUCUCUGCAAAAAGCCACCAGGUCUGAGCGGCCCGGUUACUGCCCGGCUGACCAUCUCCGGAUCCUGGGACGUUCUGCCUGACCAUCUGUGUAGCUGGUUUGGGAAUCUGGGGACACUGGAGGGGAGGGGGUUUUAUUUAUUGAGAAAUGGACUUCGCCUGAGGCUGUUUGGCAAUUCGAGGUUCUGCUAGGCGCAAGGAACUCACUGUUUACUUUAAACGCACGGGGAGAAACGAAUAAGGAGGACGCGGUGAUUUUUAAUUUAUACAGUAACUUUUGUAAUUCUCUGGUAUGGAGAGUUUGGAGCCGGAUGAUUUGCAUUUUUUACAUGUCCCACAUUAUUUAAUAAAUAACUUUUAAAAGAAAAGAAAGACAAAUGAAGCCAACAUGAUUUUCUCCUCUCGGGAGGAACUCUUGGUUGCUUUGCCUGGACAAGAAGGAAAAUACUGAUUUCCUCCUUGAAUAGAAGGAAGGAGCAAGAACGAAUGGGGAGUAGAGGAAAAACAGGCAGGCGAGAACAAGUACCCUAAUUCCAGUGGGCUUUAAAAUACAGCAAAAGCAGCUUUACAACAAUCCCUAGAGGCUCGACCACAGAAUAAAGCCAGUCACCACCCUGAAUGCACAGUCUCCAGUGCAGGAUCUAAUCACUGUACAUAUUAUUGUUAUUAUUAUUGUUCUGUAAACAUGUUGCACAAGCUUAGCCUUUUUGCGUUCUGUUGUGUGUGGCUGUAAAACCCCAUGCUUUGUGAAAUGAGAAUCUUGACAUUUUACUUGUGAAAUUUGGAAAAUGUGAUCAAUUGAAAUCAACUGUGUUUUGUGUUCUCUAUGUCAAAGUUUAGUUUUAUAUUGAGAAUGUUAACUUAUUGCUUUGUAUCUUGGGAAAAAAACUUUGUAAAUAAGUUAUACAGUUUCUUUGAGACAGUAAAAUUAUGAUUUC